CUAUCUGUUUCUUUCGUUCGGGGGCUCCCCCCAUAGAUUCUCUCUUUCUGUUUCUUUUUUCGCCUCACCAAGUUUCCUUUCUCUUGUUUGUUUUCGCCUAAGCGGUCUCGAUAUUUUGGUUAAUAUGGGAACGACUGUCAAGUUGGUUGUGCAGUCACUGUUCUUAUUGUCCCUGUUGUUUUCUGUGGUAUCUUCUGCAUCCAAUGAUGGGCUGGUUAGGAUCGGACUUAAAAAGAUGAAAUUGGAUCCAAACAACUGGCUUGCUGCCCGGCUUGAGUCCGGGGAUCGAGAGGCUCUCGGAGCAUCCUUUAAAAAGUAUCGCUUCCGUGAUAAUCUUGGAGAAUCUGAGGAGAUUGAUAUUGUUACACUCAAUAACUACAUGGAUGCUCAGUACUUUGGUGAGAUUGGCAUUGGAACUCCACCACAAAAGUUCACUGUGAUAUUUGACACAGGCAGCUCAAAUCUGUGGGUACCAUCAACUAGGUGCUAUUUCUCGGUUGCAUGUUACUUCCAUUCCAAGUACAAGGCAAGCGAUUCAAGUACAUAUAAGAAAGAUGGGAAAUCUGCUUCUAUUCACUAUGGCACUGGAGCUAUUUCUGGUUUCUUUAGUUAUGACCAUGUUCAAGUUGGUGACUUGGUUGUGAAAGAUCAGGAAUUUAUCGAGGCUACGAAGGAGCCAGGUGUUACAUUUUUGGCGGCCAAAUUUGAUGGGAUAUUAGGACUUGGUUUUCAGGAGAUUUCAGUUGGGAAUUCUGUCCCAGUGUGGUACAACAUGAUCAAACAAGGUCUUAUCAAGGAACCAGUAUUUUCAUUUUGGCUUAACCACAAUGUAGAGGAAGAAGUGGGUGGUGAAAUUGUGUUUGGUGGGGUUGAUCCAAGCCACUACAAGGGCAAGCACACAUACGUUCCUGUAACACAAAAAGGCUAUUGGCAGUUUGACAUGGGUGAUGUUCUUAUCGGUGACAAACCAACUGGAUAUUGUGCUGCUGGUUGUGCGGCAAUUGCAGAUUCUGGAACUUCUCUGCUGGCAGGUCCAACGACUGUGAUUACCAUGAUAAACCAUGCAAUUGGAGCCUCUGGAGUGGUUAGCCAGGAGUGCAAGGCAGUGGUUCAACAAUAUGGGCAAACCAUCAUCGAUUUACUUUUAGCUGAGGCACAACCCAAGAAGAUCUGCUCUCAAAUUGGAUUAUGCACUUUUAAUGGUGCUCGUGGUGUUAGCAUGGGCAUCGAGAGUGUGGUGGAUGAGAACAAUGGCAAAUCAUCUGGAAUUCUUCAUGAUGCUAUGUGCCCCGCUUGUGAGAUGGCAGUUGUGUGGAUGCAGAACCAACUAAAGCAGAAUCAGACUGCAGACCACAUAUUGAACUAUGUCAAUGAGCUUUGUGAUCGGAUGCCAAGUCCAAUGGGAGAAUCUGCUGUUGACUGUAGAAGUCUUUCUUCCAUGCCUACUGUUUCCUUCACUAUUGGUGGCAAAGUUUUUGACCUUGAUCCAGAAGAGUAUAUUCUCAAAGUGGGUGAAGGUCCUCAAGCUCAGUGCAUCAGUGGCUUUACUGCCAUGGAUAUUCCUCCUCCUCGUGGGCCUCUAUGGAUUUUGGGAGAUGUCUUCAUGGGUAGGUACCACACCGUCUUUGAUUUUGGUAAACAAAGAGUUGGCUUUGCAGAGGCAGCAUAA